AAUUUUAGUAGAUUUUUUUAAAUAACUUUUAAAAAAUUUUUUUAUUGCAAUGAAAACUUUCUGCCCAAAGUGUUAAUUUCUUAGUAAUUUAAAAAAAAAAAGUCUCCCAAAUUUGACUUCUCAGGGCUUUAUAUGUUUUUUUGACUUGAUAAUACUUUCUCAGAGUUUUGAAGAUAAAAUAAGAUUUUCAAAGCUUUAUUUUCAUUUUUUGCCGCGAAAAAUUUCCAUAAGGCAGAUUUUCAUAGUUACCAAACUCUCCUUUAAUUGGUGCACCGAAUGUUUUUAAUGUCUUUCUUGUAAGUGGGGAUAAAAGUAACGUUAGGGAUUCAAAACUUUCAAGUUUAUUAAUUGCAUAUAGUAAAAUAAGACGCUAACCUCAAAAAAAAGCAACAAAAGAAUAUUAACUUUUGUUUAACAGUAAAAGAGUAAAAUAAAAUCAUAAAAAAUGGAUUCUCCAACUAAAAAAAGUAAAAAAUGUCCUUCCAAAAUUGAGUUGCUUGAGAAAUUAAACAGCCACAAGAAGAAACUACUUGAUGAAGUUAAAAAUAAGACUUACGAAUUACAAAGUUCUAUUGAGAACACAUUGAAAAAGUUGAAUAGUUAUGAAUAUAAAAAAUCUUGUGAGUCAAUGGGAGAUUAUUUAAGCAUAAUUCAGAAAUUGAACAACGAUUUCAAUGAUCUUGAGGACAUGUCUAAUGAUUUUGUGGAAAAUAUUUGUCAACUUAGAGUUAAAUCGGUCACUGUCAAGGAUUUGAUUAAUUUGCCAGACGAAAAUGAAAGUAAAUUGUCUCCAAUUAUUGGAAGUUCACCAUUAAUACGGAACCCUAGCAAGUCUCAGCAGUUACAAAAUGGUAAUUUUAAACAAAUGGAUGAUAAUUCUCCAAUGAGUUUUGUUAUUGAUGAUGAUCGAAAUGGAAGACUAUUGAUAACUCCUAAUAAUGAUACAAAUGAAAAAGUAGUAAUAAGUUCUGGAAGUGAUGAUCAAGAUAAUGAAAGAGAAGAAACUUCUGAUCGCAAUGAUUAUGAUAAACUGAUUAAAUCGAUAGGAAGAAAACUCGAUACAAUCAGCAAAGUUGCCUGUGAAAGUGAAGAAGAAAGAGAAGCUUCGGAAAAAUCUCCUGAAUCACCAUCACCAAUGCAAAUAAAGAAAAAACUAUAUAAGUAUUAAUAAACCAGGAAAAUGGUAAUUAUUACAAGCAUUAGAUUAUUUGAUACAAUAUAUAUUAUUUUUUUACAAAUAGUUUAGAAUAAAGCGCAAUAAUUCUGUAGCGAAAAAUUAAUAAAAGAAAUGUAAGUUACU